AUGUCUCUGGCCAUAAAACUCUUCCUCAUUCUCCUUUUAGUUGAAUCAUCAACUGCAUUGUAUAGAGUUGAUUUCAAUGAAAAUCCAAAAAGUUAUCUCGAUCAACCUGAGGUUGACUAUAUCAGGAUUUUGAGAGAGACCGUUCGAGGAUGGCAAGGAGAAGCGGACAAAAAAUACGGUUUAUACUCAUCGACCGAUUACAUGAAGCGAUCAUUGUUCCUACAAGACAAAGUUCGAAGAUAUGUUGAACUUUGGGGAGAGUGGAAGAAUCAUAAAGGCUAUCCAUUCCAUGACUUGAGGAAGAUCAAAAGUUACUUGUGGACGAUACAGUAUGAUACUUGUCGUCAAGCUGAGGGUACAGAUCUUUUGACAUAUCUUAUAUAUGGUCUUAGUGCAGAAACUGAUAUGGUUUAA